AUGAUUGCAAAUCUAUUUUAUUUAUUCUUAUUAAUUAGCAGCGUUUUUCCGGAGAACACUGAGGAGGACGGGCCACAUUUUGACGAAACGGUUUUACGUGAUCUCAAAUUGCGCGCCUCGCCAAAUCCAUUCUUGGACCCACGAGUGAGAGUCACUUUCCCCGGGGUGUCGAAGGUGAAUCUGGCCGAGCGAUUGGGCCUUCCAUGGUAUUCAUUUGAUCGUGAUCUGCCCCGUUGGAUCUACGAGUCUUUGCCGCACGACGAUUGGCCAGAAUCAUUCAAGAAAUUGUUUGCCGGCUUGCCGCCCGGGUUUACUUGGAAUGGAUUGGGGAAA